GCCUUGCUGGCGGGCUGGCCGGAAGAGGCGUGGCUUCGAGCCACGUUUCCUGGCGACCGGGUGCUGCAGUGGCAGUCGCUGCAGUUUCUCCUGCUGUUUUCCUCCUUCCCUUCGAGACUCCCGAGUGAGGUUGUAAUGCCUCUGUUACUCUCAGCAACUAAGCUGGUUCCUGCCAUAGCAAGUGCCCGUGGCCUCGCAGGAUGUGUAUCAUGUUCCCAACGAAGGUACUCUCUUCAACCUAUCCCAGAAAGGAGAAUUCCAAAUCGCUACUUAGGCCAGCCCAGUCCCUUUACACACCCACACCUCCUAAGACCAGGGGAGGUCACUCCAGGAUUAUCUCAGGUGGAAUAUGCACUUCGAAGACAUAAAUUAAUGUCUCUGAUCCACCAGGAAGCACAAGAGCAGAGUGGGACAGACCAGACAAUAGUUCUGCUCUCCAAUCCUACAUACUACAUGAGCAAUGAUAUCCCCUAUACAUUCCAUCAAGACAACAACUUCUUAUACUUAUGUGGAUUCCAAGAACCUGACAGUAUUCUGGUUCUUCAAAGUCUCCCUGGCAAGCAAUUACCAGCACACAAGGCUAUACUUUUUGUGCCUCGGAGAGACCCCAGUCGAGAACUUUGGGAUGGCCCACGAUCUGGAACUGAUGGAGCAAUAGCUCUAACUGGAGUGGAUGAAGCAUACACACUAGAAGAAUUUCAACAUCUAAUACCAAAACUCAAAGCUGAGACAAACACAGUUUGGUAUGACUGGAUGAGACCCUCUCAUGCACAACUUCACUCUGACUACAUGCAGCAUUUGACUGAAGUCAAAGCCAAGAGCAAGAAUAAAGUUCGGAUUGUCCAACAGCUGAUACAACGCCUCCGACUGAUCAAAUCUCCUGCAGAAAUUGAGCUAAUGCAGAUUGCUGGCAAGCUAACUUCACAGGCUUUCAUAGAGACCAUGUUUGCUAGUAAAGCCCCUGUGGAAGAAAGUUUCCUUUAUGCUAAGUUUGAAUUUGAGUGCCGGGCUCGUGGUGCAGACAUCUUAGCCUAUCCACCUGUGGUUGCUGGAGGUAACCGGUCAAACACUUUGCACUAUGUGAAGAAUAAUCAACUAAUCAAGGAUGGGGAAAUGGUACUGCUUGAUGGAGGUUGUGAGUCUUCUUCCUAUGUGAGUGACAUCACUCGUACCUGGCCUAUCAAUGGCAGGUUCACGGCACCUCAGGCAGAACUCUAUGAGGCUGUUCUAGAGGUUCAGAAAGAUUGUCUGACACUCUGCUGCCCUGGGACAAGCUUGGAGAAUAUCUACACCAUGAUGCUUACACUGAUAGGACAGAAGCUUAAAGGGUUGGGGAUCCUGAAGAGUAUUAAGGGAAAUAAUGCCUACAAGGUUGCUCGAAAAUACUGCCCUCAUCAUGUUGGCCAUUACCUUGGGUUGGAUGUCCAUGACACUCCAGACAUGCCCCGUUCCAUCCCUUUACAACCUGGUAUGGUAAUCACCGUGGAGCCAGGUAUUUAUAUUCCAGAAGAUGAUCAAGAUGCCCCAGAGAAGUUUCGUGGCCUUGGUGUAAGAAUCGAGGAUGAUGUGGUGGUGACUCAGGACUCGCCUCUCGUCCUCUCUGCAGACUGUCCCAAAGAGAUAAAUGACAUUGAACAGAUAUGCAGCAGGGCCUCUUGACCCUCACUGCAGCACAUGCAUCUCACGGUCAAGAACAGUCUGCUGUCAUCCAUGCACCUGUGCUUUUUGAGGGCCUCUGUAUGCACACCUAUACCAGUGCUUCAUCUGGGAGUAUAGCAGCUGUAUAAAUGGGUGCGAUCAUG